AUGGUACCUUACGAGUCUCUGUAUGGUUGUAAGUGUCACAUUCCACUAUGUUGGAUUGAGCUGGGUAAGCGACGGGUUUUGGGUCCUGAGUUGGUUUCUGAGACUGAGGACAAAGUUAGAUUAUUUUGGGAUCGUCUUAAGGUAGCUUCUGAUAGAAAGAAGUCAUAUACGGAUUUGAAAAGGAGGGAUAUCGAGUACUCUAUGAGUUACUUUGUCUUCUUUAAGGUAUCUCUGUGGAAGAAGGUUCUGCGGUUCGGACGUAAGGGAAAGUUGGGCCCUAAGUUUAUUGGACCGUAUCGAGUUCUGAAGCGCAUGAGACCGAUCGCUUAUUACUUGGAGCUACUUUCGGAGUUAGAUCGUGUCCAUGACAUAUUUCAUGUCUUUAUGUUGAGGCGGUAUUGGUCCGAUCCAUCUUACGUUGUUUCUGUUGAGGAGAUCGAGGUUAAACCAGAUUUGGCAUUUGUGGAGGAGCUGAUUCAGAUUUUUGAUCGAGAUAUAAAGAUCUUGAGGAGGAAGUCUAUUUCGUUAGUUAAGGUUCUAUGGUAG